AUCGUUUCUUUGCCAACUUAACACUGUGAAUGUGUGAACCCUGGAGAUUCAUCGAUGUCGAGCAAACACAGAUUGCCAAAUAAAUGCCUGAGGAACAUUGUCAGAAUCUGUCAUGGAGCUUUAUAAAAAUGUUAUAUAUACUGAUCCAUACAAACAGUCUGAACAUACUGUCUGUUAAUACUUGAAAACGAUUAUAAUAAACUAUGCACUUGGUAAUACCACUGGGGAAUGAGUAGGCUUUGAUCAAGUAUCCAUUCAGUAACAGCUUAAAAAGCUGUUUAAUUUUCCACUGUACAAUAUUUUGACUUUUUGCCCAGAUAAAUACUACAUUGUUAAGUAUGGGAAUGUUGUUCAGGGACACAAGAUAUGUGGAGAAGUUCCAUAAUAUAUUGACGCAAAACUGGACAGUUGAGAAAGUGAUUGAUGCUGACAAUUUUCAAAUGUCAUCUUUUGUAAGCUGACUGUUUUUACCCCUCAUUUCUUCUGUAACAUGUUUAUAGUCGGGAAAUAGUUUCUGAAAUACAGUAUUGUGUUGAAAAUGCAGUAGAAUGCUAACCAACUAGAGUUUUAGCCUGUUCUAAAGUCGUUGUGAUUUGUAAUUGCUUUCUGGCUAAAUGCUUUAUAUAUAGUAGCACAUAUUCGUCACUAAUUUAAAGAUUACAUGUGACUAUUUUUCAAUAAAGACUUGUGGUAUGACAUUUGCAGCAAAGGUGUUUGUGUUCUUUACUUCACCCAGGGCCUGGUGAGGUGCCAGAGAAAACCUAAAGGCUGUGGUUUUGGGUGACUCUCCCUGCAACUCCACAAGACAGCGACAGGAACUUGAAAAGAAACAUUUGUCAGGGAUGGUCUGGUCUGAACACUUGGAGAAUAUCUAGGAACUGGUGAGAACAUACACGCAGGCGGCGGUGGUUCAUUCUGCGGAGGCGGAACAACUGGGCAGCGCUGCGUUUCCAGUCGGACGACUGUAGAAGGCGGACCAGGUCAGAGCAAGAAGCACAGCAGUGGAGGAGCCCGUUUCUCAGGUCGUUUAGCGGGUUAAAAGCGAAUUAAGAUGAAUUGUGCGUGUGUAUCCAACGUGUGUGUUGCUCUGCUUGGAGUAAUGUUCAUCGUAACGUUUGUUUCGAUCACAAACAUGGGCGGUGUUGUUUGCUAACCUGAGCUAGUGUCUCAUGUAAACCGUCCCGUGUGCAGCACCGCCCCCCCCCCCCCCUCUCCUGCUGAUUUUAGGUUUAGGUUCAUUUAAUCUAUGGCUCGUCACAGAGUCAUUUGUAUGCAGCACAUGUGAUACAAUACAAGUCAUGAAGGAGUUUUUGCGGACGAUACACCGGGUCUUUCUAAAAGUCGCCCUGUUUCCGAGCACGUUCGGCAGGACAGGCCCGCGGCCAGCAGCCUCGGAGGUGCUCACCUGCCACCUGGUGCAGCGCAAACUCCCGCCGUGGACUUCCUUCUGUGUCCGCUACAGCUCGGUCCACAAUGACCAGUUUGGACUGUCCAACUUUAACUGGAGAGUUCAGGGAUCCAACUACCACAUACUGAGAACAGGCUGCUUCCCCUUUGUAAAAUACCACUGUUCCAAAGCACCUGCACAGAACCUGGACUUUGAGGACAGGUUUUUCACCAUGCUGAAAGUGAUUAAUCUGGGUAUCCCUUGUUUGGCCUACGGUGUUGGUUGCUGGAUGGUAGUGGGAGCCUCGGAAACAGUGCAGACAAGUGUUGGACCUGUCACAGUCCAUUUCGCCUACAAAGAAGACGAAGGAGCACAAUAUUAAACCAAGAAUAAAUACUCUUGUGAAUUCAUAUUCACAAGAGUAUUUCCUGUGUUGCUGCUCUAUCAACAACAUUUUCCUCAGGUGAUGCUCUACUGACUGAACGGUUAAAUCUUGUGUCACAACUUCUCUCAUUGUGUGAGAGCAAAGCUCCAUUAAGUGUUUAAUUAUUGAAGAUGUAAAGUUGCGGCAGAGGAGUCGUUUGUACAUGUUACUGCACUGACAUACAAUACUGGCAGUGUUUAGUCUAAAUGCGAACUUUCCAUUAAUAUUUAAAGGAAAGUUUAGGAUUUCUUCAAAAAUAAGACAAUUCCUUUACUUAAUAUGUUUCAUUUACUGCCUGCUGUAGAUGUGGGUUUGUACAUUCAGUUUAUUGUGAGCAUUAAAUAUUAAAGUAUACAAAAUGACUGAA